AAAAUGGAAGCCACUAAAAGAUUGUUGGAGGCACUUAAGGAGCUUAAGAAAGCAGAGCUCAAAGAAUUCAUCUGGCACCUGUGUAAUGGUGUGGCAGCAGACAUUGAGCCUAUUCCUCGAGGAAACCUGGAGGAAGCUGAUCGUCAGGAUGUGGUGGACUGCAUGGUAGAGCAAUACAGUGAUGAUGCUGGGAAGAUCACAGUCCAAGUGCUGCGCAACAUCAAACAAAAUAAUCUCGCAAACCACCUUGAGUCAAAACUUCAGGAAGUUCGGCAGCCUGUGCAGGAGGACACAAGACAUGCUCUAGUGCCUGUGGAGCCACAGCCCAUCCAGUCUGAUGGGAAACGUCGCAGCAUGACUCAAUCCAGCCAAGAGUUUAAACGCAAGAAGCUUCAGGAAAUGGGAGAUGAAAUUUAUAUACCAGCAAAGUCUCAGAGGAAAGGCUCAGCUCUGCUGAUCACCAACAUUGUAUUUGACUAUGAAGUGAACAACAGGCCCGGGGCAGAGAUAGACGAGGAGAACAUGGAGUGGCUGCUGAGAGCUUUGGGUUAUAAUGUUGAGAAACGCAGAAAUCUCUCUGGAGAGGCGAUAGAUAGAGAAGUCAGAAACUUCUCUAAACUUCUUUCUGGACAUCGAGACGCAGACAGCACCUUUGUGGUCAUCAUGUCUCAUGGGGCAAGAAUUAACAAUAAAGAUGCCAUUUUAGGUGUCCAUUAUCAUCUGUCCCGAAACCCCAAUGAUGUCUACUUUGUUGACGAGACCUUCUCCCAUCUGAACUCAGUGAAUUGUCCCGCUCUGAUUGAUAAACCGAAGGUUAUUCUCAUUAACGCCUGCAGAGGAGAUCACCCAGGAGGUGUGGAAGUUCCUGACCAAGUGCCCAGGCCAGACACCUGGGUUCACUGGAAGACAGACUUUGUCUGCUUUAUGUCCACCGUUCCUGAUACUGCAUCAUACAGGAAUACUAAAACUGGAAGUCACUUUAUCAAUUACAUACUGGAUGUUUUCUGUGAAUGUGCUCAUGAAGAUGACCUUAUGGAGUUAUUCAGGAAGGUCACCAAUUGCAUGGCGACACGCCCAGGAAGAACGUUUGACAAACUCUUGCCGUGUCUAGAAAGAACAUCCCUUACUAAGAAAUUCUACCUGUUCCCUGGGCUCUGAUAUACAGGUUAAAUCAAAAUUGGUCUUUUGUACCUGUGUUGCAAUUGUAACCUUUUACAUUGUAUUCAUUCAUUUAUACA